AUGGCACUCAAUUUGAAUAAUUGUCCCGCGAAUACUAGCGAAAGCAGCGGCUUGAAGCAGUGCUCCAGCGAUUAUCUGUUUACCGCCUUAAGCGAGAUGGUCGUGCUGUUGCGGUACAAAUUCUGCGGCUUUUGGGCCCCAUCUGAUCGUGGAGCCAAGCCCACGCGCAGUCGAAACCGCGCCGCGGGCGGAUCAACCCGUUACGUCACGCCAUGGCCGAAACGUCGUAUAUCCCAGCGAAAGAUCUAUUGCACGUCCCCCUCUAAACUAGCGGUGCAGAAAGAGACCGCGGCGCCGUUUUCGCGCCAAUUCGUGGCACGCGAAACGUCACCGCGAACGAAGACAAUGGUCUCUAUAAUUUUCAAAGCUGUGACGUCUAGU